AUGAGUGCAGUUGUUGAUGCAGCGGUUACUAAAUCGGAGGCUCUCAAGGCAUAUUUUAUGCAAUGGGCCAUUGACAUCAGUAAAGUCAAGAGUCCUGAGGAGGAAUACAAACAAAAACGUCAAAUGUUGCGGCAUAAAUUCGACAAUGAGCUUCACCAACUGCUGCAGCUCUCGUCUGAUCAGAAUGAGUACACGAAGAGAUCGGAGGCGAUGCUGCAACAUGCCGGUGAGCUUAAAGAACUAGAGAUCCAGUUUAAGAAGUCAAUCGCUCUAGAUGAACAGAAGUUUGGAGAACGACUGGAGGCAGCACACAGGAGGCUGGCUUGUGGUCUGUUCCGGGCAUUGGGGGAUACUCUAUGGGAUCAUUCGGUUUCAACUGCACUAAACGAGUGUUUAAAACCUCAAAGACCAAAGGUAGACGCUGUUAGUGCAAAGGAAUACAGCGGGGUGCUUGACACGCGAAAUGGUGCGGACGCAAUUCCUGACACGACAAUCGACCUGGAAAGGGACAACCAGGGCUUGCGCCACGUUGAAGACAGGCUGAGGCCACGGGAUCAAAUUACUGCAUACUAUCAAUCUUCCACAGAGAUGGUAGACUCUGCCUUCACUGGGUCGCUGGAACAACAACAAUCCUCAGCUCUCCAGGUACCUCUUGGCCAGGAAGCAGAGUCAGGAGCACAGAUAAUCCCAGCCACAGAAGAAGCAGAGGUAAAUAAGUCCCAGACGACUCGGACUCCAGGCCCAGCUCCAACUCCAGAUGCGAGCCGUUCGUCAGAUUCUAACAGUCGCUUAGCCGAGAACUCGAAUCUCACAACCAUGCCAAUCUCGCCGAUGAGCUUGAAACAAACUGGGGGAGCAACCCACCGAGAUACAGGGCAGACAUCAAAUGGGGCGGCUCAACCAGCGCUUUCUAUUACACUGGCACAUACUCAGAACAAUACAUCACCUGGUCAACUGCCAGCGGACACUCUUGUCGCCCACCUUCGCGCCCCGCUAAAAAGGGUCUUAGCAGAAGCAUCCGAUCAACAACAGAAACGGAAAAGGCUACACAUCAACUCCCCCGAUCCACCCGAGGAACGUGUCAUCGAAUUUGACCAAGUCUUCCAGAACGGAGACGCUCAAACAAAGUACAUUAUUGUUCAGCAUCCCCCAGACUUCGGACAUUGGUACAUCCUAGAGUGCAAGGAACACGGCAAACACUUUCACAAGGACCCAAUCAGAAGUGCCUCUCGGCAUCUAAUAGGCCAAGACCAUGGGCUGAACGGAGACCACUCCUUUGCAGUCAAGAUGCUUGGAACGCGUGUUCUGCAUUGCAAUGAUUUACUGGCCGCGAUGAACAACCGAAUAGCAAGGCAGUCUUUUCCGGAGGCCGUAAAUGUUAUACCUCAGCGGGUAACUCGAGGAAAGCGGAUGUUGCCCCAAGACUAUCAAGCUCAGGGCUGUGAAGUCAUCCCUGUUGCUGGCGAGAUAUACUCUUCAAAGUCGGCCUCACAGGGCAAUAUGUAUCCAGUUCUUGUCCUCCCAUGGAAAGCCUUUCAUCAUUUUCCACAGACGAAACAGCUACUAAAUAGCACUCCUUCAUGCUAUGUCUUUGAUAAGAAGGUUGAUCAGUAUCCUCGAGGCUGGGCCGAGGGUUACGAAGACGGCGGUGUUAUGCUCCAAAACAGGUCUUAUCCUGUCGUUUCCUUUGACAAGGAAGACUUCCCGGACCAAUGUACUUUUGGAUGGGCUCCUCUGACAAGCUUCAAAGUUUACGAUCCUGAUCAUACUAGUGUUGUUCAGUCCGGGAUUGUCAACCGAUAUCUCCGGAGGAAAGACCCUCGAUUGGCUGUCGACUAUCGUUACUCGACAGAUCAAAGUAACGUCAUACCGGAUAGGACUGAUGGGGAGAAUAUACACAUGGGCGACUGUAUGGAAUAA